AUGAGACUGACAGUUAGUCGAGAGUCCGACAUGGCAGCCACUGAGACAUGGUCGAGUCUAGCUCUACUGAUUUUGGUCGGAACAGCUGUCGGGCACGUGGACAGCGAUCGCUUCGUUAUCGACAUUUCCACAGACGGGACCUACAGCAUCCUCGUCAACGGCGUCACCUGGUUACGUAGCGCGCCAACCUUUUUCAACGCGGCUGGAAAGACGUACUCUUUGGGUGAUAAAACGUUAAAGAUAAGGUCCAUCACAUUGAGCAGUGGUAGUGACAAGCUGGGACAGUGGAAGGACGACUGCACGCAUUUCACAGCGAGGAAUUACAACAUCACAGGCUGUAUCAGAACAUAUCCCACGCACCCAGACCUACCUGUUGUAAUCUUCAGACAGAUUUAUGAGGAUACAGUUGACGGUACAAGUUCCGGUGAUACAAACGGCGUGAUAUCCGGUUUCCCAUCUUUCCAAGUGGCAAACACCUCGGCUUCCCUUGGUUUCUUGUCUUAUGGAGGCGACAUGUUUGGAGGAACAGCAAUCAAAUAUGGCAGAUGGCCCUCGGACAACUCGCGGAUUAACAGCGGACUAGAAGGAGGUCCAGUGGUCAUGUUUGACACACUUAAAAACGUCCUAAUUACAGCUCCAUUUAACGAGUUCAUGGCCGCAAGUGUAUUCAGUGACGUCAGAAACUCCAGAGUGAGCUGGGGCAUCAUGGGAGGUGUUGACAGAGUACCUAGCGGAUACGUUUAUCAGACAAUCAUGUACUACGGUGAUGAUGGAAUAAAUACGGCCAUGUCUGAUUGGGGGAUGCUAAUGAAAACUUAUUAUGACAAGAAACCCGACUACAGAGGUACAGAUCUCACUCUGGUCUAUGUUGGGUACUGGACAGACGGAGGAGCCUACUAUUAUUACAACACGGAACCCAACAAGACGUACGAACAGACAAUUCUUGAUGUAAGAGAUUACGCCAACAGAUCGAACAUACCUUACAGAUACGUACAGUACGACUCGUGGUGGUACUACAAGGGACCCGGCGGUGGAGUAAAGACGUGGACACCAAUGCCUGACGUCAUGCCGGAUGGCUUCCAGUCGGUUUAUGAUAAAACGGGUUGGCCAGCAUCUGCUCACAAUCGGUGGUGGUCACCAGCAACAACGUAUGCCAAACAAAAUGGAGGGUUGUUCGAUUUUAUUGUUGAAAAGAAGAAAGCUAUUCCAGUGGAAGAGGCAUUCUGGGACUAUUUGUUUGAUUCUUCACGAAAAUGGGGUUUAGUGACGUAUGAACAGGACUGGUUAGACCGAGAGUUCGAGGAAAUGCACGCCACAGUGACUGACAUCAGCCUGGGCAGAACGUGGCUGCUACAGAUGGGUCGGGCCGCCAGGAACAAUGGCCUCACCAUUCAGUAUUGUAUGUCGUUGCCGCGACACGCCAUGCAGAGCAUUGAGGUCCCCGUAGUUACUCAGGCGCGGGUCAGUGGAGAUUAUAGGGCGGGUGGUGAACAAUGGAGGAUCGGAGUCGCCUCACUGUUUGCCGAUGCCAUGGGAAUAGCGCCAUUCAAGGACACGUUCUGGACCACAAAGGAUCAACCUGGAAACAAAUAUAACCUCAAGGAGCCGUACGCCGAGCUGCAGCUUACUGCGGCAACACUGAGCACCGGUCCAGUGGGACCCAGCGACAUGAUUGAACACACCAACGUGUCUCUGUUAAUGACAUGUUGCAAUGCUGAUGGAAUGGUCUUAAAACCUACAAAGCCAGCCAUGGCAAUCAACAGUCAGAUCACAAAGUCUGCCUUCAUGGAAGGGUCAGGUCCCACAGGAGAAGUCUGGACAACCUAUAGCAGAAUAGGAAACUAUUAUUUUGGAAUCAUACUCGGGGUCGGGCUAGCAGCGGACUACAACCUCACACCCGAGGAAGCCGGCUUCAACUUCUUUCAGCCGGAUGUUGUGUUUGCUAAAUCCAAACAGCAUUCGACCACGCCGAUGACGUUUAGCCAAAAAUCCCCCCUGAAGCUAACGACAGCCUGUGCCAGAGAUAACAUUUGUCUUUACUACACUAGUCCAGCUUUAUCGUUUGGAGAUGCCAAAGUAUAUAUCUAUGGUGAGGAGAACAAAGUGGUUCCAGUAUCCCAGCAGAGAGUGACCGGUAUCACCGUAGGUACUGAUAUACAGGUGUCAGUGAAGGGAGCCAUUAACGAGGAAAUCACCUUCGUCUUUCUGCGCGAUAAUGUCUACCUUCCGGUCUUGUGCAAUCUUGGAGCUUCCGGUACAGCACUCAUUAGCUACACGGAACAAUCCUGCAAUAGCAUGUGUUGACGUAGUUCACAGAUAUUAUUGUAAUGAUAAUAUUUAUAUCAUUAUAGUACCAAAUCGUUAUAUAUAUGCUUGUAGUAAAUUCAUAACAAUUUAAGUGGCAUUGUAACAAAGCAAUAUCGAAUAAAACGUAUAUACAU